AUGGCGGGGCAGAAUAGGCUUAUGGAGUUAAAUGAACUUGAGGAAUUCCGAAAUGAAGCCUAUGAGAAUGCGAAGAUAUAUAAGGAGAAAUCGAAGGCUUUUCAUGAUAAGAGAAUAUUAAGGAAGGAUUUUCAACCAGGGGAUAAAGUUUUGCUCUUUAAUUCUAGGCUUAAACUUUUUCCUGGUAAAUUGAAGUCGCGAUGGUCUGGACCAUACACGGUAGUCUUCUCACUUCCUUAUGGAGCAGUACCAGUUCAUAGUGAAAAGACGGGAGAUUUUAAGGUGAACGGACAGAGAUUGAAGCAUUACUUGGAGGGUCCGGUGGAGACAUGUAAGUCCGUGGUCGAGUUGGAACUGAUUUGA